CAGCAGUGGCCCCGUCCCCGCUGCCCCACAUGGAGAGCUGGGCCCACAAUGGCACAGAGGCGCAGCCCAUGGGUUCCUCGUUCACUGAGACUGACUCAGAGGGGCCCCUGGGCCACGGGCUGGCCGGGGGCAGGAAGCCGGUGGCCCAGUGGACGGUGUCCGAGGUGUGCGCCUGGCUGAGCAGCAGGGCGUUGGGAGCACAGGGCCCACUGGUGCAGGCGGCACGGAGCCACGCCAUCUCCGGGAGGGCGCUGCUGAGGCUGACGGAGGGGACGCUGCAGAGGAUGGGAGUGGCGCCCGGGAGCCAGCGCCGGCAGCUCCUGCAGGAGGUGCUGCAGCUGCGCGUACAGCAGGAGGUGCAGGAGCUCCUGGACAUCGCUGAUGAGUGACGAGCCAAGCCUGCGGCCCCAUGGGCACAGGAGCCAGGCCCCGGCGGAGCAGGACUGGAGCAGUGGCUGGGUGCGUGGCCUGGCACUUCCCGGCACGUGGGGCUCGGCGGGGCUGCGGAAGGACCAUGAGGCAGCUGGGAUCAGAGCACAGGCUGAUGCCCGUUAGCCAUGGCAGGAGCACUGGAGGGGACUCGGAAACCCCCUACAUUAGGUGCCCUUUGCUCUCCGGCCAGACACGCUCCAGGACUGCAGAGAACGACACAGCGUCAAGGCAUGCUGAGAGCUGCAGCCUCUCCAGGGGCAAGUGGGAUCCCACCUCUGGCAGCAACGCUGCUCAGGGCCCGCGGGAUUGGCCUCGGCGUGCUCGGGGGAGGAGACCCCGCUGGAUGCUGGAGAGCGGCUUCCCAUGCUCGUUACUCCAUGGUGUGCCUGGCUGUGCCCAGGGCCCCAAGAGAAGUGGCCGUGGGCAGCGGGUGGGGUUCAGAGAGGCUGUGUUCAUUCAGGGCUCGCCCCGCCACACCCUCCCGAUAGGACGGAGCAGGUUCAAGGGGCUCAUGCAACUUCACUCGAUUUAUUCCAUCUGAAAGCCCCUGGCAACCCGCUCCCUGAGACGUGAGUCAGGAGACCAGGCGUGCUUGCUGCACCGGCCAGCCCUGCUGGUGACCCUACAAUAACAAACCACUGUGCCCUCGGCAGCCCUGCUGGUGACCCUACAAUAACAAACCACUGUGCCCUCUGCAGCCCUGCUGGGUGACCCUACAAUAACAAACCACUGUGCCUUCUGCAGCCCUGCUGGUGACCCUACAAUAACAAACCUCUGUGCCCUUGGCAGCCCUGCUGGGUGAUCCUACAAUAACAAACCACUGUGCCCUCGGCAGCCCUGCUGGGUGACUCUACAAUAACAAACCUCUGUGCCCUCUGCAGCCCUGCUGGGUGACCCUGCAAUAACAAACCUCUGUGCCCUCGGCAGCCCUGCUGGGUGAUCCUACAAUAACAAACCACUGUGCCCUCUGCAGUCCUGCUGGGUGAUCCUACAAUAACAAACCACUGUGCCCUCUGCAGUCCUGCUGGGUGACCCUACAAUAACAAACCACUGUGCCCUCGGCAGCCCUGCUGGUGACCCUACAAUAACAAACCACUGUGCCCUCGGCGGCUCUGCUGGGUGACUCUACAAUAACAAACCACUGUGCCUUCUGCAGCCCUGCUGGGUGACCCUACAAUAACAAACCACUGUGCCCUCUGCAGCCCUGCUGGGUGACCCUACAAUAACAAACCUCUGUGCCCUCUGCAGCCCUGCUGGGUGAUCCUACAAUAACAAACCACUGUGCCCUCGGCAGCCCUGCUGGGUGACCCUACAAUAACAAACCACUGUGCCUUCUUCAGCCCUGCUGGGUGACCCUACAAUAACAAACCUCUGUGCUCUCUGCAGCCCUGCUGGGUGACCCUACAAUAACAAACCACUGUGCCCUCUGCAGCCCUGCUGGGUGACCCUACAAUACCAAGCGUGUACACGCAACAACCAGGUUUGCUUUGGAAACCGCCAGCCUCUGAGGGGCCGUUACAAACCACAUUAACGACAUGCUAUUUUAAUAAAAAGGCUGUAC